AUGACCUUGCCAGCGCGUUGUUUAUGGGAGCAGGCAGCGUUUGCACUGAGGCCCAUCGGAAAGACAUCAACUAUGCUGAUUGUGCAGUUCUUUUGGAUGCCUGCUCCAUACACUGACAAGUACUAUGUUCCCAUCAACCGUCGGCCUUCCCUUAUACCCCGCCACAACUCGAGCCACACUGGAGGGAUGUUGGUAAAUCCCUCGACGGGGGAGAUAAUUACAAGUGGAACGAUCAUUAAACUCGAGACAUCGGAUCCUAAAAAACUUCCUUUGCCGUCGAUCGAAAUGCUAGAAUUGCAAUGGACACUGCACCGUAUUGCAGCUCUUCGGGGUGUUACUAACCUGGAUAAAGAAGAAGAGGAAGAAGAGGAAGAAGACGACGAUGACGACGAAGACGACGAAAGUUGUUCUGACGAUGAUGACUAG